AUGAGGUUGAGGAUGGAGCAGUUUAUUAAGGAGAAGCAGCAGGAAAUAUGUAAGGCUUUGGAAGAUAUCGACGGGAAUAAGUUCCGGGUUGAUUCUUGGAAGAGGCCGGAGGGAGGGGAGGGUAUCUCCUGCAUUCUGCAAGACGGAAAUGUUUUUGAGAAGGCUGGUGUCAAUAUUUCCGUUGUCUACGGGAAGCUACCACCCGCUGCCGUGGCUGCGAUGAGAGAAAAUCAUAAAGGCCUGGAAGCAACAGAUGAGCCCUUGCCGUUCUUCGCAGCGGGGAUCUCGCUGGUGGUACACCCCCACAACCCAAUGGCCCCAACCGUCCACCUCAACUACCGCUACUUCGAAAUCGAGAACCAGGACGGCACCCCCCGCGCCUGGUGGUUCGGCGGUGGCUCCGAUCUGACACCCUCCUACCUCUUCGACGAGGAUGCAAUCCACUUCCACAAGACGAUGAAAAACGCAUGCGACAAACACGAUAGACGGUACUACCCCGACUUCAAAAAGUGGUGCGACAAGUACUUCUACAUCAAGCACCGCCAAGAAACCCGCGGAGUCGGCGGCAUUUUCUUCGAUGAUCUAGAGGACAAGACACCAGACGAACUCUUCUCCUUCAUCAGAUCCUGCGCUAACGCCUUCCUCCCCUCCUACCUCCCCCUCAUCGAACGCCGAAAAGACAUGUCCUACACCCCCGACGAAAAGAUCUUUCAACAAGUGAGGCGGGGGAGGUAUGUCGAGUUUAACCUUGUUUAUGAUCGUGGGACGCAGUUUGGGUUGAAUACGCCCGGAGCGAGGGUGGAGAGUAUUUUGAUGAGUUUGCCGUUGACGAGUCGGUGGGAGUAUAUGCAUGUGCCAAAGUUGGGGAGUCGGGAGGAGAGGUUGAUGGAGGUGUUGAGGAAGCCGAAGGCGUGGGUGUGA